AUGAAGUCUACUAUCAUCCUCGCCUUGGCUAGUGUUGCCAUGGCGGCUCCCACUCCCACCAUCGAGAACCGCCAGCUACCCGGCUUCGGUUCUGGCAGUGGUACCGGCACUGGAUUGGAUGCCCUGAAGUCUCUCAUCCCAGGACUCUCCGGCAGCGGCUCCGGCACUCCGACCGGCAGUGGACUGGACGCCUGGAAGUCUCUCAUCCCAGGACUCUCGGGGUCCGGUAGCGGCUCCGACAGCUCGUCUGGCAGUGGAUUGGAUGGUCUAGGGUCUCUCAUCCCAGCACGCUCAAUCUCCAACACCGGCUCCGACAUCUCGUCAGGCAGUGGCCUCAGCAUCCCCGGUUUUGGCUCAGGCUCUUCGACCGAGAACGGUGCGACCCAGAAUGACGGCUGCAAGGAGUACACCUUCAUUUUUGCACGCGGAACUAGCGAGAUGGGUAACAUGGGCACCGUCGUUGGACCCCCGGUCGCCAAGCAGUUGAACUCCCUGACCGGCAACAAGGUCACUGUGCAGGGUGUGACAUACCCGGCGGAUGCAGCGGGCAACGCAGUUAUGGGCGCAGCCGGCGGCCCCGCCAUGGCCAAGUUGGUGAAGCAGGCCCUGAGCCAGUGUCCUAAGACUAAGGUCUUGCUGGGCGGAUACUCCCAGGGUGCGAUGGUCGUCCACAAUGCUGCCAACAGCCUUGACGCAAACCAGAUUACCGCCGCCGUUCUUUUCGGUGACCCACUCAAGGCCCAGGGCGUCGGCAAGGUUGCCAGUGACAAGGUUAAGGAGUUCUGUCACCUUGGUGACCCGGUCUGCUUGAACGGAGGAAAUGUCAUGGCCCAUGUUACUUAUGGAACUGAUGCCGAGGCCGCUGCGAAGUUUUUGCUUGAAGCUGCUGGCGCUUCCACUUCUUCAUAG